AUGUCCUGGAUGCAGUGCAACACAAGGACAGACAAGGACUUCAAGAUGGAUUACGUACUUCAACUAUUCAUUUCCUUCACUCUGCUGGGAAGCUAUUUGGCACUGGACAGAUACCCAGAGAACCUGGUGAUUGUGAAACGGACCAAAAGCACCCGGAUUAACUGUGGUGAAGGUCAAUUCAUGACGGUCACGUGGAAGAGGAAUGACGAGGUAUCUGGGAACUCAAAGGAACUCGUCCUGGAGAAUGUGGACCAGCCCCUGGCCGGGAACUAUACCUGUUGGCAGAACGGUAGCUUGGUGUAUCACAAAUACCUAGUGAUCAGUGAGGAAGACCAGUCACCCAUCUUCCAAUCCAAACAAGUACAAUGCCAGACCCGAAGCUUCACCGGUGUGAUUACCUGCUCCUGGAAAACUCGGGGUGCUGCAUUUUACCAAGUGAGGUACUGCCGAAGGAAUUCCACACUGAAUCCGGAGUGCAAAUACAAUUAUCUGAAUUACUCCAGCUCGGGCACAGACCACCACUUCACGUUCACCGAGGAGAACUACUCACCUUACGCAGAGGAAUACCGACCCAUCACUUUUAUCGUGGAGGCUGUAAACAGUGUUUCCUAUCAAAGUCUUCAAAAAACAUUUUAUGUUGGUGAUAUCGUGAAGCCAGAUCCACCCCAGCUGCAAUCAGCCGUCCGUCUCGGGAAAAACCUCAACAUCUCCUGGCAGUAUCCUAGCAACUGGGUCAAGCCCUACUCUUAUUUCCCUCUGAUCUUUCAAGUCCAGUGUGAACCCGUCAGGGGAUGUGGUGCCAAGAAGUGUAAGGAUGUGCCCACGGAGAUCAAACUUCCACGGAUCAUCAUUCCGAGCCGUUGCAAAAUCCACAUCAGAGCCAAGGACAAGUUCCUGAAUUCGCCUUGGAGCGAUUGGAGUGACUGGGUGGAUUCAAAAAGUCAAAAUAGCAUGGCAGUAAAUAGACAAGGCACUAGAUGACUGAAUGGAGAAGAGAAGCGAAGAUGACUUUAUCACAGUAAUUUAAAAGGACCCCGGAU